AUGGCUUCCAAGCAGAUGCUUGCCGUGGCGGUGGAAAUCGCCAUGGUCUUCCUCCCCUUGCUCGCCGCCUCAACCACUGUGCACCCCGUGGGCGACGGCAGUGGGUGGACGCUCGGUUUCGACUACACCGCCUGGUCCGAGAGCAAGCAGUUCACGGUCGGCGACGCGCUAGUGUUCAAGUACAACAAGGCGCUCCAUAACGUGGUGGAGGUGAGCGGCCCGGAUUUCAAGGCGUGCAAGAACACCAAGGGCGGCCCCGCCUGGAGGUCCGGUGCCGACCAGGUCCACCUCGGCGACGCGGGGAGGAGGUGGUUCAUCUGCACCGUGGGCAACCACUGCCAGAUGGGCUUGAAGCUCAACGUCACCAUCCUCGCCGCGGACGCGCUUUCGCCUGCGCCGCCUGCACCAGCUCCGUGGUCGACGGUGCCAUCGUCGUCUACUCCUCACAAGUCCAGGCGGCCCUUUGUUUCCAAGUGGUGA